AUGGUGCCAGGUCUGAAGGUCCUUCUGCUCCUCAGCCUGCAUCUCCUGCAGGAGGCACAGAGCUCCAUGGUCCAUCUCAACAACAAUGGGUACGAGGGAGUGGUCGUUGCAAUUAACCCCAGUGUACCAGAAGAUGAAAGACUCAUCCAAAGCAUAAAGGAAAUGAUAACCCAAGCCUCUACUUACCUGUUUGAAGCCAGCAAAAGAAGAUUUUAUUUCAGGAAUGUAAGCAUUUUGGUCCCGAUGACCUGGAAGUCAAAAUCUGAGUACUUAAUGCCGAAACGAGAAUCAUAUGACAAAGCAGAUGUCAUAGUUGCUGACCCUUAUCUGAAACAUGGAGAUGAUCCCUACACACUUCAAUAUGGACAGUGUGGAGACAGAGGGCAGUACAUACACUUCACUCCAAACUUCCUACUGACUGACAAUUUACGUAUCUAUGGACCCCGAGGCAGAGUCUUUGUCCAUGAGUGGGCCCAUCUCCGGUGGGGAGUAUUUGAUGAAUAUAACACAGACCAACCCUUCUACAUGUCCAGAAAGAACAUUCUCGAAGCAACAAGAUGUUCCACUGACGUUUCUGGCAGAAACGUGGUCCAGCAAUGUCGGGGACGCAGCUGCACAGCAAGGCAAUGCCGGCGAGAUUCAAAGACAGGACUGCUUGAACCAAAAUGUACAUUUUUCCCAGACAAAUCCCAGACUGCCAAGGACUCCAUCAUGUUCAUGCAAAGUCUUGAUUCUGUGGUUGAAUUUUGCACAGAAAAAACCCACAAUACGGAAGCUCCAAACCUGCAAAAUAAAAUGUGCAACCGCAGAAGCACGUGGGACGUAAUCAAGGAGUCUGCUGAUUUCCGGAAUGCCUCUCCCAUGGAAGGAGUAGAAGCACCGCCUCCACCUGCAUUCUCAUUGCUGAAGUCCAAACAGCGAGUAGUCUGCUUGGUGCUGGACAAAUCUGGAAGUAUGAACAAUGAUAACCGUCUUAUUCGGAUGAAUCAAGCAGCAGAACUUUAUUUGACUCAAAUUGUUGAAAAGAAAUCUAUGGUUGGAUUAGUCACAUUUGACCAAGAGGCCAGAAUCCAAAAUUAUCUAACAAAAAUAACUAACAGUAGUAACUAUCCAAAGAUCACUGCAAAUCUCCCACAGCAAGCUUCGGGUGGAACUUCAAUUUGCAGUGGAAUUAAAGCAGGAUUUCAGGUAAUCACUUCCAGUAGCCAAAGUACUUCUGGUUCUGAGAUCAUAUUGCUAACAGAUGGGGAAGAUGAUCAAAUAAGUUCCUGCUUUGAGGAGGUCAAACACAGUGGUGCCGUCAUCCACACCAUCGCUCUGGGGCCUGAUGCUGCCAAAGAACUGGAGACUCUGUCAACCAUGACAGGAGGACUGCGUUUUUAUGCCAACAAAGACCUAACUGCCCUGAUGGACGCUUUCAGUGGGAUUUCAUCCAGCAGCGGCAGCAUCUCUCAGCGGGCUCUGCAGUUGGAGAGCAAAGCCUUGACUAUCGCAGCGGGACAGCCAGUAAAUGGUACAGUGCUGGUGGACAGCUCCGUUGGCAACGACACCUUCUUUGUUGUCACCUGGACAGCACAAAAGCCAGAAAUCGUUCUUCAAGAUCCGAAAGGGAAAACGUACAGAACCUCAGAUUUCAAAGACAAUGAGCUGAAUAUGCACUCUGCUCGACUCCAAAUACCAGGCAUCGCAGAAACAGGUACUUGGGCUUACAGUCUCUCAGAUGUCAUACCUCAGUCGCUAACAGUGACAGUGACCACUCGAGCGAGAAGUCCUACCAAGCCCCCAAUAAUCGCGACUGCUCACAUGAGUCAAGACACAGCGCGAUACCCUAGCCCGAUGAUUGUUUACGCCCGAGUCAGCCAAGGGUUCUUGCCUGUCCUGGGAGCCAGUGUCACUGCCAUUAUAGAAGCUGAAAAUGAACAUAAAGUCACACUGGAGCUGUGGGACAACGGGGCAGGUGCUGAUACUGUUCAAAAUGAUGGCAUCUACUCAAGAUAUUUUACAGAUUAUCAUGGAAAUGGAAGAUACAGCUUGAGAGUGAGUGUCCAGGCAAGAAGAAACACAGCCAGACUAAGUUUAAGACAGCAGAGCAAGUCUUUAUAUUUGCCUGGCUAUAUCGAAGAUGGCAAAAUUAUAAUGAAUCCACCCAGACCUGAAAUCCAAGAAGCGGAAGUGCCCGUGGAAGACUUCAGCAGACUAGCCUCUGGAGGGUCGUUUACCGUGUCUGGAGCGCCCCCUGGUGGCAACCACGCCAAUGUGUUUCCACCCAGUAAAGUCACAGAUCUGGAGGCCGAGUUUGAAGGAGAUCAUAUCCACCUUACCUGGACGGCCCCUGGCAAGGUCCUCGACAAAGGAAAAGCGCAAAGAUACAUCAUCAGAAUGAGUCAGCAUUUUCAGGAUCUCCAAGAAGAUUUUAGCAACGCUACUUUAGUGAAUACUGCUGGCCUGAUACCUAGAGAAGCUGGCUCAAAAGAAAAGUUUGAAUUCAAACCAGAAACUUUGAAAACGGGAAAAAGCACCAUGUUCUACAUUGUAAUUCAGGCCAUCAAUGACGCCGGUUUCACGUCAGUGAACUCCAACAUUGCGCAGGCUGUCAAGUUCGUUCCUCCAGAGCACAAUGUCUCUGCAUGGGGGCCUAAUAUUUCUGCCACCCCUCUGACAAUUUGGGGGUUAACUGUGAUUUUUAAAUAUGUUUUAAACUAGAAAACUAAAAUGCAAUCUUGUAUAUACUUGCUAAGAGCUUCUUUAGAAUGAAUUUACUAAAGCCACUGUCAGCUAGUCAACAAAUGUAAUACAGAAAUUAAUAUUCGAAGUUAUUAGAAAAAUUGCUAGACUUAACUAAUACUAUUUUUGCUAAAUAUAAAUCAAGACUAACAUGUCCUUAAUCAUUAAUCAUUCCAUUUAUUAUGGAAA